UUUCAUGGGCUGAAGUCUAGGUAUUCCAAAAUCGAUAUAUUUUCCGAAUCGAGAAAAUUAGAAAACCAAAGGAUGACAAACUGGAGUCUUUCCUUAAUUAUAAAGAAAGAAAACUUGAAGAUACUCUUCCUUGUCCAAAGACGUCCCUUUUAACGCGAAAGUUAUAUCUUCUAAAAUAAUAGGAUAUUACAAGUUCAACGAUCUUGAUUUUAAAUGAAAAUGAAGAUGCAAUAUUUAUGUACUGUGGUAUUCCUCCUGAAGCCAACUAUAUGUUCACCUGCUUGGUCUCAGGUAGUCAAGGUGAUAUCUAUAUUUUCGAUUUGGCAUUGUCCUUGAAGAAGUUCGCCAAGGUGCAAUAGGAUUACAGGGCAAAGAGUACUAUAGUUGCCGCAGACCAAGCACAACUGGUUAGUUUUAAAUACUGAAGGAUUAACUAGGAAAGAUAAAGACCCCACCCAGCAGGAAAUCCAAGAUCAAAGAGAUAACUUAAGAAAGAAAAGUGCAUCAUAGCUGAUAACAGACUUGAGAGAUAAAAUAAGUUGAUUACACUAAUCCAAACUCUAGUUCUUUUAUUAAGGUGAGGCUAACUCCAAACCUUAUCUGUUGAAAAUCACAAACUUGAUGUGAGGGACUUUGCAAUAUAAGAAGAAACAUGGGAUAAACAAGGCAUGCUUAAUGAUAGACAGACUGCUGU